GUCCUCAUCAAUUACGAAGAAGGUGUGUCACGGGUUCCACUUGAUCGAAGGGCAAUCGGGUCAUGACAUGGAGGACUACCAUGUUGCCGAGUACCGGAAGAAGAAGGACCAUGUGCUUGGUCUAUUUGCAAUUUUUGAUGGCCAUCUAGGUGAUCGAGUCCCCAGUUAUCUAAAGGAUAAUCUAUUCGACAACAUACUUGAGGAGCCUAAUUUUUGGGAGGACCCUAGAACUGCUAUAAAAAAUGCUUAUCAUUCAACUGAUAAAGUUAUCCUAGAGAACUCCAUGCAAUUAGGACCAGGUGGCUCAACUGCAGUAACUGCAAUUGUUAUUGAUGGAAAAGAUCUAUGGGUGGCCAAUGUUGGAGAUUCCAGAGCCGUUAUUUGCAGUGGUGAAAUAGCAGAGCAACUUACCGUCGACCAUGAGCCACACAGUGAGAGGAGGAGGAUUGAGAAGCAGGGUGGUUUUGUGACAACUCUUCCUGGAGAUGUGCCUCGCGUUAAUGGCCAACUUGCUGUUGCACGUGCUUUUGGAGAUGAAAACCUGAAAGCACAUUUGAGUUCAGAGCCUGAUGUACGUAAUGUACGGAUUGGAUCAAGUACACAGUUUGUUAUUUUGGCAAGUGAUGGCUUGUGGAAGGUGAUGAGUAAUCAAGAGGCUGUCGACAUGGUAAGACCCAUCAAGGAUCCUCAAGCAGCUGCAAAGCGUUUAACCACAGAGGCUUUGGCUAGAAAAAGUAAAGAUGAUAUAUCAUGCAUUGUCAUACGCUUCGGAUGAUGAGUGAAAACAAAGACGUUAAACAAAAACAAAGAGAAAAAGGAGCAACCGACUAGUGACAAGUAUUCCAAAACGUGUCUCGAUUUGUAUGUUGCUCUUGUUUGAAUAAUUUGGUUUGUUGGAAAGAGAAAGAAUGUAAUCUUGUUGCUUGGAAUAGUAUACUUGCUUGAACAAUCAAAAGUAGCUAGUUUUGAUGUUUUCUUCUUUUUUUUUUUUUUUUCCCUAAAGAAUUAUUGGGUUAGAUGAUUUACUGUACGGACAUUUUUUAGAUAGGAAACAUUUGUGUGCAUAAAGUUUUGUGAGUUAGAUAUGAAUGAUGGCACAUUUUCUGCCCGACCUGGGAUGAA